CUUUGGGGCUAUAAAGACGUUGUGCCUUCAAGACACAGCAAAUUAACUCCAUUGGCGAAUUAUUGCAUUACGAGACUCCGCUCAUCGGUGCGCGACGGAGAUUACUUUCCUUUUUUUUUAAUGGUGACAUCUGAUUAAAGCGAGCGGAGCUGGGUGAAGAUGAUGGAGUAUAUGGAGGAUAAGUUUGCGUUGAAAAGCCAAGCGAUGAAGGCCAGCGAUUAUUACAUGGACCAAGUCAUGGAGAGCCUGGACAGCGCGCAGUACUUCACCAAGUCCUCCCCGAAGUGCGUGCAGGCCUUCGGGCUGCAGAGCGGCGAGCACCGCUCCUCUCCGUGCGGAGACCAGACCGCCGGUUACGGCGUGCCAAAAACAGACGACGACACUUUGCACUCGGACCUCGGGAGGUCGAUGGACAGUUGUUGCACUCUGCGCGCGUCUCCGGUGACAACCGGGCCGGAGAAAACGGAUUUGGACGACAUGGGAGACAAGUGCGACAGUAAUGUGUCCAGCAGCAAGAAGAGGAGACACCGGACGACCUUCACCAGCGCGCAGCUGGAGGAGCUGGAGAAAGUCUUCCAGAAAACUCACUAUCCAGAUGUUUAUGUGAGGGAACAGCUGGCCAUGAGGACGGAAUUAACGGAGGCCAGAGUGCAGGUUUGGUUUCAGAACAGAAGAGCAAAGUGGAGGAAGAGAGAGCGCUACGGGCAGAUCCAACAAGCCAAAACUCACUUCGCAGCCACCUACGAUUUAUCAGUGUUACCGAGGACUGACAGCUACACACAGAUUCCCAACAACCUGUGGCCAAGCCCUGCUCCUGGCGGCUCUGUGGUCUCCUCCUGCAUGCUGCCCCGAGGCUCCCCUCCCUGCGUCACAUCCUACUCCCACUCCCCACGUUCAGCAGCCGGUGCCACCGAGCACGGCUACGUGGGCUUCCCCAACCAGCAGAACCAGUUCGGUCACGUCUCCCUCAACAACUUCUUCAGCGCAGACUCGCUCCUCACGCCGGCCGCCAACGGUCACCAUGCCUUCGAGACCAAGCCUGAGUUUGAGAGGCGCUCAUCCAGCAUAGCCGUGCUGCGCAUGAAGGCCAAGGAGCACACAGCCAACAUCUCCUGGGCCAUGUGAUCAACUCUCCUGUGCAUGUCUGGAAAGGCUGGAUAAUGUAUGGAAAAAUAUUUUUUAGAAUUUACAGUUUGUGCAAAGUGUGGCGAUUGCCCAAAGAGUCUGAAAUCAUAUUCAAAACUACCUGUCACCCAAAAUCUUCUUUUGUCAUCUACAGAUGGAGAUGUGACUUAUCUGUUGUUGCGAAGAAAAAAAUCAGCUGUGGACACAUUUACCAUGAAACUGACCUGCUAUUUAAACCUGCAUCAUAUGCAGCUCUGACCAUAAUUCGAUCUAGAAACAUCAAUGUAGAAAAUAGUGUCUGGAUAACGUUCAUAAAUAGAAAAUGUGUCAGGAUUUGGGCUCUCUGCAUUUUCUGAAAUCUGCAACUCAAAAAGCUGCAGCUUGUUACAAAAGUUAAUAAACAGCCACAGUGUUGUGUGACAGAUAUACAGCUGUGUUUCUGCUCUGAGGCAGAUCUACAGCAGGGUGGAGGUAUGCACAUUACUCAGACAAUCAUGUGGUCAAAGACACUUAAAGGAACAGUUCACCCCAAAAUCAAAAACACAUAGUUCUCUUACCUGAAGUGCUGUUUAUCAGUCUAGAUAGUUUUGGUGUGAGUUGCAGAGUGUUGGAGAUAUCAGUCGUAGAGAUGUCUGACUUCUCUCCAAUAUAAUGGAACUAGAUGUCACUCAGCUUGAGGUGCUCAAAGUGCCAACAAAUCAUAUUUAAAAACUCAACAUCAAUGUCUCUUUCCAGAAAUCAUAACGUGGUUACUCAAGUUAAUCCACAGACUUGUGUUGUGAGAAGUUUGAUGAAGGAACUAUUUUCUUUCAACGAACUACCUCCGCCAACCAUGUGACCGCGCAGAAGGAAGUGUGCAUCUACUCAUGGGAGUGAGCAGUUUUAAUUAACCCUUUCCUAAGUCUCGCCCCUUGAAUGCAGACUGGCCAAUCAUUUCAUAGCAUUAGCAUUAGCCUCACAUGCGGUUGUUUUAGAUUUCAUUCAUUUUCAGGCUGUGUUUGUGAAUUUGGAGCUUAAUGUUGAACCUGGAGCACAUUGUGUAAGGGUCUGUGCACAUGCCACGUUGUUUGUCUCAUUUUGAAUGUCCGAUAGCCCACCACUAACAUUUUAGUCCCAUCUCUUCUUGUCAAAGAAAACAACAAUGUAGGUUUAUUUUUAGCUCACCGAUGUAUCAUCUUUGUCAUGGGAAAAAAACAAACAUUUUUCGUCAUAUUUUUCCUUAAUGGCGUCCUCCUCAGCUGAGCUGUAACGUUAGCUAGCUCAGUGGUGCUAGGUGAGCUAACAGUAGAUGCACACUUUCAGUGAUAUGGUUGGUGGGUGUAGUUCAGUACAAAAAAAAUAAUACAGACAUCAAACUGCUCACAACAAGGUCUGUGGAUUAUCUUGAGCAAUGAUUUCUGGAAGGCGACAUUGAUGUUUCGUUUUUCAGAUGUAUUUUUUUUUUGGCACUUUGAGCACCACAAGCUGAGUGACAUCUGGUUCCAUUAUAUUGGAAAGAAGGCAGACAUCUCUACAGCUGAUAUCUCCAACACUCUGCAACUCACCAAAACUAUCUGAACGGACAAACAGCACUACAGGUGAGAGGAAAAAGAUUUUUUAUUUGGGGAUGAACUGUUGGAGUUGGUCUCAACCUUUAUGUAGCUUAACUGAAGCAAUACGUUCAUAUUAUUGAGGCUUUCAGGGUGAUGUCCAGUGCAUUGUGUUACAGUCCUCUGUGUUCAGAGGUGGUGUGGUGAUCUGUGCAGGUGACGGCUGUGAUGUGAAUAAGCUUUUCUUGUUGUUGUUUUUUAACGGGGGGUCAGGGCGUCCUCAGAGUUUCCUCUUUAUUGAGAUGGACAGAAGUGUGAGACGGAGGUGAAGAAAGAAGAACUCAAACAAGCUCCGGUGGGAUUUGAUCCCAGUGUGGGGACAUGUGGAUCCAGAGGGAGGGUCCUGAACCACUACAGCGUUUUCUAAGCACUGUGAAUAAGCUUUCUUUACCUGCGCCUUUCGUCUCCCUCCCUCGUUCCAGCUCAGGACUGAAGACGAGCAGCGUGGAGACAAACUAACUUGACGUACUGACGUGUCUGUGUGCUUUGCAGCAAAGCUCUGUAAUCUCUGUCGUUGGCCUCCGUUGUGACUCACAGGUUCAUGACGCAGGCAGAGGAGGAAGGUUUUAAUAUGACUGUGUUGUAAAUUUAUCUGUUGGAAGUAUAAUAAAUGGAUGUCACUUGAUUCA